GACAAAGGAUCAGCAGAAGGCGAGCAAGGAGUAUACGGGGAGGGAGAUGUGGGCUGCAGGAUUGCGGCCAGGUCGAAGCAAUUACAGGUGAGACCAAGAUGCCUGUGCCGCUCCCUUGGCCUUUGUCUCUUUGCCGCUGCUUGCUCCCUUCUUCGCUCGGCCCCACCCCGAUGCUAUGCCGACGAUGAUACUACGCCUUGCUCGUGCUACUGCCACUGCACCACUAUCCAUCAUUCUGCGCCUCGCUUUGCGUUGCCCGAUAGCACCGAUGGCCGUGCGGUAUCGCAUGGCAGCGGGCAAAGACCAUGCUUCCCAUCGCAGCUCCGAGCCACAACAGUGGUUCGACGCUUUGUCCCACUUCGUUCUCGCAGCUUCUCACCCCUCAGGGCCAGGGCCGAAAUUCGGCAGCCAGCCGCCAUCCUUUGCAGAAGCAAUGUACCGUUGGCGUCGGGGCUGGGGCAAGCAAACAAGGUACCGAGCAAGCAAAGCACAAGCGGAGCACCACUCUCAGCUUGACGCUUUGUUCUGCCCUGUCCGAGAGGGGACGAGGCAAGGGAAUUGGGGGUCACGUCUGAUCACGCCUUUGGUACGAAGCAAUAGGGUCUCACCUCCCAACCUUGUUGCCCGAUCGAAAUUUGACUAGCGCUUCCACCUGUUCCUCGGUGCUACAUCUUGAUCGCUCCAUCAAGUCUACUGAUACCCCGCGCAUCUUCGCAAGACUCUU